CCACAAAACACACACACACACACACACACACACAAAGUCGGCCCCUGUGGGGUAUAUAAGCAGCAGCAGCAGCAGACUGACUGCAUCCAACUUCAGCUUCUCACCAACUCCUGCUCCGACUGGUCUGGGCUGACGGAGACGACUUUUCUUCACUGACUCUGUAUUAACACCAUCAUGGCUGAACAAGGCUCCACCCCCAGCCCCUCUGAUGCCCCACCUGCACCCAGCGGACCUCCGCCCAAGGUGACGACCCUCGGGCGUGCGGCCGCUCCCAUGGCCAGCUCCAACUCGGACUUCACCGAGGUCCCUGAGUUUGAGGUCUUUGGUAUACCAGGCCCACGAGGACUUCCUCCUCUGACGGAGUAUCUGGACAUCUUAGACGUGGACAUGAUGAAGAAGCCUGAGGAGAUCAACAAGAUGCAGCAUCACACCUCAUACUAUCACUCUGACUUUCUCAUCGUCCGCCGAGGACAAGAGUUCCAGGUCAAUAUUACCUUCAACCGACCCUACGACUCUGACCGAGACAAGAUUGCUGUGGAAUUUGUCAUCGGCUCCAGCCCCUCGUACAGUAAAGGCACCUACAUCCCCGUCUUCCCCACCAAGGAACGUCAGAGUUCCUGGGAAGGCCGCAUCAUCGACCAAUCAGGUAACUCGGUCACCAUGGGCAUCACUCCGUCAGCCAACUGUGUUGUGGGAAAGUACCACAUGUUUGUGGCCGUGGCUACACCUUUUGGCAUUCGCAGGACCAGACGUGACAAGAGCCGUGACCUGUACAUCCUCUUUAACCCCUGGUCACCAGAUGACGCUGUGUUUCUGAACGAUGAGACGGAGAGAGAGGAGUGUGUGAUGACGGAGAUGGGAAUCAUCUACCACGGUUCUUAUGAUGACGUGUCAGAGAGAAACUGGAACUACGGACAGUUCAACUAUGGAGUCCUGGAUGCCUGUCUGUAUAUCAUGGACAGAGCUAACAUGCCCAUCGUUAACAGAGGAGAUCCCAUCAAGGUGACCAGGAAGGCCUCUGCUAUGCUCAACUCUCGUGACGACGACGGUGUGUUGGUUGGUAACUGGAGUGGCGACUACACCUUCGGAGUGGCGCCCACAUCCUGGACAGGCAGCACCGACAUCCUGCUGGGCUACGCCAGCAGCAAGAUGCCGGUCUGCUAUGCUCAGUGCUGGGUCUACGCUGCAGUCUUCAACACCUUCUUGCGCUGUCUGGGUAUCCCGGCCCGUGUUGUCACUAAUUACUUCUCCGCUCAUGAUAACGAUGGAAACCUGAAGACUGACAUCAUCCUGGAUGAGAAUGGCAAGAUUGACCGCAAUCGCACCAGGGACUCCAUCUGGAACUAUCACUGCUGGAACGAGUGCUACAUGUCCAGACCAGACCUCCCAGCAGGCUUUGGGGGCUGGCAAGUGGUGGACGCCACACCCCAGGAGACCAGUGACGGUAUGUACAGAUGUGGUCCAGCCUCAGUCCAGGCCAUCAAACAUGGGCAGAUCUGCUACCCCUUUGAUGCUGCCUUUGUGUUUGCUGAGGUGAACAGUGACGUGGUCUUUUAUUCCCGGAGGAAAGACGGGACCAUGGAUCCUGUGAGAGUAAACCACAGUCACGUGGGUCGCAUGGUUUUGACCAAAACGCCAUUAAAGAUGACCCGCCGUGACAUCACUGACCAGUACAAAUUCCCUGAAGGAAGUACAGAGGAGCGAACUGUUCUGGAGAAGGCAGAGGAGUACGGCUGUGAGCGAGAGAAGUCCGAGCCUCCUGUGGCUGACGUGGACCUGGUCCUGCCCACCAUGGAGAUAAGUCUGGGCGACGACUUUGAGUUCGAGGUGGAGUUCAUAAACCGCAGCAACCAGCAGCGUACCGUCGACGCCUACGUCAUCGGUAGUGUGGUGUACUACACUGGAGUCACCAGCUCUGAGUUCCUGUUCGACACACCCACGGUGGAGAUCAAGCCCAACAUGUCUAAGAAGGAGUUGGUGGAGGUCGAGUCUAAGAGCUACAUGAGGGAUUUGGUGGAACAGGCCAACCUGAACUUCAUCGUCACAGGGAAGGUCAAUGAGACUGGGCAGAUCGUCACGGCCAUGAAAGUCGUCACCUUGCGAAACCCCAAAAUCAUGGUUGAGGUCUCUGGUCCAGGAAAAGUCAAUGAAGAGAUGAUGGCAACGGUCCAGUUCACCAACCCUUUCUCCUUCAGCUUGGAUGGCGUCUACAUUCGCAUGGAAGGACCUGGGGUUAUGUUGCCCAAGUCCAAAUAUUACAGUAUGAUCACAGGAGGCUCGUCUCUGACCUGGACCGAGUUUUUCACCCCACAAAGGAGCGGGACCACUCGGGUGAUGGUGACCCUGGACUGUCCUGCUCUCAGGCAGGUCUCUGGCCAAGCGUCCAUCACCAUCCAGGCCUGAGGGCGUCAAAAACCUCCUUCAGCAUUUUACACAGUUAUACUUUAGCAACAGAGGAGGGAGUAGACGUAGUUUCAUCUAACUGUAGUUAAGUACAUAUACAGCAUACUUAUACUUACUAAAAUAUAUUUGUAUCCUGGUAAUGCAACAAUACAACAGGUGGUUUAAUCAGCGUUAUAACAGAUGUCAUUUGACAUAUUUAGACCUGAUAAAGAAUUAUCCAUAUCAGCAACAGGAUUUGUGGUUAAUUAUAAAAACAGUCAGAGCAGUUGUUUUUAAGUUUCCAAAUUCAUUUGAGCCCCAACAAAAAAGACAGAAGCUGUAGAUCUGUGUAAUGAUUUGAGUCUUUAGUCAAAUAGUUUAGUUAAAUAUACAGUACCAAACAGGCCCAGUAGGUGAGUUCCACAUUAAAACUCUCAGCUUAAUUCUCAAGAAGCCGCGCCUUCUUCCACUCAGUAAAACGUAACCAACCGUGUGAUUUAUUUGACACACUCCAAUGAUCUAUGUCCGUACAGAGUGGAAGAACUGUAAACUGUCAUGAUGCCAGUUCUUACUCUACUACGUAGUACCAGCAGUAAUCGGAGAGAUUUCCACAGCAUUCCUGAAAUGUUAAACGCAUGUCAUGAAGAACCAUAUCAGUCAUUAAAGUCAUUAAAUAUCAAGUUUGUUAGAAUGAGAUGUUUAAUCUCUCUCUACAUAUUUUUUUUCAUUUAUUACAGUCAAGUCCACCAAAGGCAGUUUCUGAGUUUCAUAUUUUUAAAUCACAUUGUAGUUUCUCAAGAACCAGCAUUAAAUAACAAUUCACAUGAAAUAUAAAACAACCAUCAGCAGUAUGAAAUAGAAACAAAUGUUUUCUGAUACUGUUUACAGUGGUUUUAAUUAAAGAAAAGUUGGCAUUUCUCUUUU